GGUACCUUUAGAUUUUUUACAAUUUUAUCGUGAAAAUGGUGGCUGGACGCCAUGGAGCCAUCUACGAAGCAUACUAUCACCAGGUGGAUCCUAAUGGGUACGGUCGCAUUGGAGCCAUGGAGGCUGCAAGGUUUUUGAAAAAGUCACAACUCAGUGAUGUCAUUCUUAGUAAAAUAUGGGACAUGGCCGAUCCUCAAUCAAGAGGAUCUCUUGAUAAAGCAGGAUUAUUUGUUGCGCUAAAACUUUGUGCUUUAGCACAAGAAGGCUGGGAUUUGAAUAUGGCCAAUUUGAAUCUAGAAACAGCACCUCCCAAAAUGGGUGAAAUUCCAAAAAUCCCACAAAAGCCAAACCCUCCUGCAGCACCAGUAAUAACAUCUGUCAGUAGUGGAGACUGGUCCAUAAAACCAGCAGAACGUGUGAAGUAUGAUAGACUCUUCGACAGCUUACAACCAGCUAAUGGAUAUAUUCCUGGCAAUAAAGUAAAGGGUGUCCUCAUGGAUAGUAAGUUGCCAUUGGACACACUAGGUAAAAUUUGGGAUCUCGCGGAUAUGGACAAGGAUGGGAUGCUGGAUAGACACGAAUUUGUUGUUGCAAUGCAUCUGGUGUAUAAAGCCCUGGAAAAGUAUGCUAUCCCCAGUGUGUUGCCACCAGAGCUGAUGCCGCCAGGGAAAAGAAAAGAAUCACUAGUUCAUCAGGUGCCCAUCAAUGAAUCAAUCGCACCACCACCUAUUCCACCUCUACCAAAGACUUCAGUCGAUAGCCUUGUAGGAUUGAAUACUUCCAAGCAACCACCCGUGGCACAGCAAUGGGUAGUAUCGGCAGAGGAUCAAGCAGCAGCAGAUAAGCUCUUUUCCCAGGCAGACAUGGACAUGGACGGAUUUGUAUCUGGGGCUGAGAUCAAAGAUGUCUUUCUACAGUCUGGUCUCCCACAAACAGUCCUGGCACAAAUUUGGGGUCUCUGCGACAUUUGUCAGAGUGGAAAACUGAACAAAGAGCAGUUCGCUCUAUCCAUGUGGCUGAUCAAGCAGAAAUUGCGCGGAAUAGAACCUCCCGCUGUCUUAUCCCCGGACAUGAUGCCACCGUCGCUUCGUAAACUCACAGAAGGUGUUGUGGAAAACAAUAAUAUUUCUGGAUAUUCGAAUCCCGAACUUGAUAUGAUCAGUAAGGAUAUCGCAGAACUGGCACGCGAGAGACACAGUAUGGAACAAGACAUAGCCCAGAAGGAGGCUGAUAUUAAAAUAAAGAAUGGCGAGAUCAAGAGCCUUCAGAGCGAGUUGGACACAUUGGCAGCAACUUUGAAGCAAUUGGAGAAUCAAAAGGGCGAGGCGCAGAAACGACUGAAUGACUUGAAGGCCCAGAGAGCUGAUGUAGAUAAAGAAUUGAGUGAAGUCGAGCAAGAGAUACGGGAGGAACAAAAUAAGGUGGACAAGCUUCGACAGCAGGCUGAAGAACAGGAAUCAGUCUUGCGUAGUCAAGAAGAAGAACUUCAUUCGAAACGUCAGGAACUUGAAGGUCUUCGUCUGGAGGAACAGCAAUUGGAACAGCAACAGAACAAGAGCAGAGAUCAACUGAAUGAGUUAACAAAGAACCUUCAGGAUACUCAACUUCAAAUUAGUCAGGCGAAGGCUAAGAUAACUCAUUUGGAGGAACAGCAACGUCAGAUGACAGAUGCUAUCACGCUUUAUGAUUCUGCAUUAGCCGCCGGAGAUGCCACCCUCGUUCCUGAUACUAGUCUCCAAUUCAAUCCAGAAUUCGAGGACCCUGAAUUUAAUACAGCGGAGACACGCUCUCCGACGAAGCUUAACGGAAACGCCGACAGCGAGGGCGUCGAUCCGUUCGCUAGUGCGAAUGGACUUACCGGCGAAUCCGCCGGAUUUGGAGAUCAUGAUCCAUUUGCUUCCAACCAAGCCAAGGAAGCCUUCAACGCCACAGGUGCCGAUCCCUUCAGUGGUUCUGGUGGAGUUUUCCAAAGUCAGGCAACCACUGGUAGUUUCGGUACCGAUCCGUUCGCUUCAUUUAAUGAAGGUAGUAUUACCAAAGGAUCGACCGAUCCAUUUGAUCCUUUCGGCGAUGGUACCGGUAAGGCACAAGGAUCUGAUGCAGCUCCUGUGGCAAGUAAGGAUCCCUUUGGCGAUGAUCCUUUUGCAAAUCUUCAUGCACCAACGCGACCAGAAAGUCCCAGUCCAGCUCUACCACCAAAGAAGGCGAAACAACCUCCACCGCGACCAGCACCUCCAAGACCUACCCAGGGUCCCACUGGUCUUGGUCCUAUGAGAGCUGCACCAGCUCCUCCGACACCAAUAACGACACCAACACCUUCACCAACCCCGGAUCCCUUUGCCAAUGCGAAUUCGGCAGAUCCCUUCGGAGCGCAGAACCAGCCUAGCACCGUUGAUAAUAAUAACGGCAACGCAACCUUUGGCCCGUCAAGCGGUGGCUUUGCCGAUUUUGCAAAUUUCGAUUCCAAGCCGGAACCAAUACCAAGUCGACUGGUGCCACCAAGACCAGGAAGCAGACCCCGAGGUAUGACGACGCCGAAUCCAACGCCAACGCCUACCCCCACGCCUAAGUUGCCAGACUUUACGGAAGAUCCUUUCCGAGAUUAUCGCUAUGAGGAUCCGUUCAAUAUUAUGGAUCCAUUUGCCGAAGACACUACGACUACCACUGAAGACAACAACGCGAACAAGAAAAACACUGGAAAGCUGGAUCCUUUCGGAUUCGAGGCAGAGUUUAGCGAUAAGGAUGCCUUUACCAAAGGUUUUGACUCAGACUUCUCAACAAACACCUUCCCAAUGGCUUCCAGAACGAGAGCCGACAAAAAUGUUAGCGGUAAAUUCGAGGCAGACUUCAGCAAGGCCUUUUCUGACUCGAACCGCAACCUCAAAACAUUUGAAGCAGAUUUCGCGAACAACUUUGCACCAGCCACAACCAAGUCUAAGACUGCCGAUAUUGAUGAAGCCUUCUCUGGAAAAGCCGAUAAGGUCACGAAAAAAUCAAGCCUAGACCUGGCUCACGCCAUCAAAGAUAAAUUGACAUUUGGAGAUCGCAAACAGAAGAACAACGCAAACAGUAAUAAUUCCAACAAUAAUAAUCAUCACAAUAUUGGCAGUAAAACGUGGAAUGGCAAGAUCGCUGUCUCGGCUGUGGAACUUAACGAGAUGCAGCAAAUAGCUUGGGCUUCGCAACAGAGCUUGCAAGCCGAAGAGGAAAGACGUCGACGUAAAGAACAAGAGGAAGCCGAUUUGGCUCUUGCCCUGGAGUUGAGCAGGCAAGAUAAGUCUGGUAAAAUAUAAUAUAUAAUAUAAUUGAAGAAGAUGCGCUUAGAGAAGUCAAUCUUAUUUUACCACGAAACGACAAAUGAAAGGUUAUCGAGUAUAACAUCAUAGAACAAAGCUUUUGUAUACGAACAUUCCAUAUGCGAGCUAUUGACCUUCUAAUGGCAACGAAGAGGGAAGAACAGUGCAAGAAAAACGAAACAAAGAUAAUUAUAUUAAAACGAAAUCAUCCUGUAUCGACCUGUUUUUCAUAAAAGAAAUAAACCAAAGCUAAUUGAAAAUAUAAAUGGAGUAAGAGUGAUAGCAAAAGAACGAAAUGAAAAUAUUAAAAAGAUGGGGAAAAAACAUGCGAAUGAGAGAGAUGAAUUACUUGGAUGAAAAAAAAAUGCAGUGACGUAUAUUAAAUAUCAAUAACGACUAUAAUUAUUAAAAUCUUAAAAAGUAUGUAUUCCGUGAAGAGAAGAAGGGAGAAAGUCCAUACAAUUUAAUCGGAUAUUUUAAUCGCCUUUUUUAUUUUACAUUUUUUAUUUUAUCAUUUUGAUUUCAACUUAUCUUCCUCCUUGUAUUAAGAUCGAUCUUCGUUACGUUAUAAGAGGAUAAUGCGCAUGUAAUCUGCAAAUUUCGUUUUUUGUUCUUUCAUGUAAUUUUUUGUUUGCGAUACUACGUGCGAAGUUCGAAGAUAAUCAAAGUCAAAAACAGCCGAUAAGAGGAUCCGUUGCGUAUGCUUCUAAGAAAUCAUUUCUAUCAGCUUUUUUUAUUUCAUUUUCUUGUUUUUCUCGUAGCAAAUGCUAAAAGCAAAUCCGUUAUGGAUUUUUGCAAUAAUAAUUUCAUAUAAUUCUCGUAGCGUCGUUAGAAAAAUACAUUGACAACAAAGUGUACGCGUGACGAUUGCGACCUUGUUUACCGGAUGUUGACUUCUACAACAAAAAUCUAAUGAAAAAGUGCAUUCUCUCAUCGUUUUACCGAUAAAAAAGAAUGAAACGGAAAAGAACGUACUACUGUCAGAAAGGAUACUCGAAUUGACCGCUUAAAACAUGCAAUCGUAAUUUGCAUCACGGUUCCCUGACGCAACGGUACAACAAUAAAGAGAAAGAAAACGAAGAAAAAUCCCAAAGAAAAUCGUGUUCAGAAUAUGUAGGUUAUCUGUGCGAUCGGCACGAUCCGAUUAGUAUUACCUGCUUUUGCGUGUAAUCCGUAAACACAAACAUACAUAUAUAUUAAUAUACGAGUCGAUCGGACAAAUGAUAAUAAUAAUGUUAAAUAAUCGGUAAACGAUAGAAUAAUACCACGCGUAAUCGAUGAUUUAAUUAAUCCGGCCGAUCGAUGAUUUAAUCGAUCAUUAUCGGUCAUGCCGAUCGUAACGUCGCGAGAUCGGUGUUUAUCUCUUCUUGUUCUUCUUCCUCGCUUACUUUGAAAGACAAACUAAAAAAGAGAGAAGGGGAAAACAUUUGGAAAAAAAAACGCAAAGGAAUCCCUCCUUUCUCGUACGAAUUGAUUGCCCGUCACUUUUUUAUUUAAUGUAUAUUAAAAUACCGUACACCAUAAUUAGAAUCUGAAAUAAGCUGUCAUCGUGAUCAUCAUUAUCCUAUUAUAUCAGCAACAUCCUUUUUCUCAUACUCAUAACUAAGUAUUAUUGUUAUUAAUCAUUGAUAAUUCACGGUAAUCGUUCCGAUUACCAAGUAUAGUCAUACUCCUAUUGUUAUUAUUGCUAUUACAUUAUAUAUAUAUAGUGCGAAUUUCUCAUCAUUCUCAUCAAUCGGAAACAUCACAAAGUUAAAAGAGAAGAAAAAAAAGACGAAGAAAAAACUUGUGAGAGAAAAUUACGAAAAAAAGAACUUAUGUGUAUAUGUAUUUAUAUAUAUAUAUAUAUAUAUACAUAUAUAUAUAUAUUUGUGAAAAACAAAUUAAUAACUAUUGCUAAUUAUAAUACUACUAUGUAAUAAUUGUAAGCUAUACAUAUAUUAUUAAUAUUAUUAUUAUAAAACACAGACACUACACCGACACUACUAUUAUCGUUAUUAUAUCGUUAUUACUAUUAUUAUUAAUAUUAUUACUAUUGAAGAAGCUAUUGAUAUGAAAGAUUCAUUAAUACUGUUCGUGAUAUUGCUAUCGAGUUAAAGACAAAAGAUAUACUGGCGCACGAAGGGUGACAAGUUAAGAAUCGUUAAAAAAAACAAAAGAGUAUCAUUAAUCUAUUAAAGAAAGACAAAAAACAAUGAUAAACUGAGAUUGUUAUCCUUCGCGGAUUUACCGUGUAAAACCGGAUAAAUAGUUUCCUAUAAUACAGGACACUUAUACAUAAUGCACAUAUAUAUGUAUACACACACACACCGUACAUACAUGUACCCGGUUAUUCAGUCUAAAGGCACCACUUGAUCAUGUUUAGCAUCCACAUAAAAGUGGUCUAGUAUUCAACAGUUACUGGUACAUUGUUAGGUGUAGUGGGCCAGAAAAUACGCAAUACUAGCACGCUUUUACGUGCUUGUCGGGUAGUUUUACUAAAAGAAUCAAAUAAGGGCGCUAACUUCAAAUAGUGCAUUUGAGCUGAAAACGGGGUAUAUAUGUACGUGUGUGUAUAUAUAUAAUUAUCGAGCAGGGUGCAAUCGAAGGUAUUUGUGUCACAACUUUUAUUUAUGAUUCGCAAUUGGAUACGUGUACCCAUACAUCAUGAUAAUACACACAUACAGAUAUGUAUACAAAUCCUGCAUAUAUGUAUAUAUGCAUAUAUAUACAUACACACAUACAUUAACUUUACCGGCCCAA